CUCGUAUUUACCCCUAUCACUUGUCAGAUGGUGUCCUGGUGUUGAUCUAUAUCCGACAGUCGUAUUUCUAUGAGAAUUAAAAACUCUAUCCGACACCGUCAGUUUUUAUCUUGUGAGAUGAAGAUGCAGCAUGAUGCAUUUUGUCUGAGUUGCAUGUAGUUUACAGAUCAGAUGUUUGUAUCAGUCCCAUUAUAUUUUGACCCAUACAAUUACAUCCGACUUGUAGGAAUGCGGUUUGUCGAUCCAACACCAUCCAACCAAAUCUCCCGUGGAGUUUAGUGUAAUAUGUAAAUCUGGCCCUGAUCACUUAUAAGUGUGUCAUGGCAAAAUGGCAGUGUGCAAGUUAUGACUAUUGAUUUCUAUUGGUUUCUAGAUCUGCGGUAAACAUUACAGUAAAUGCCACUUUCUGAGUUUGACCUGUAGCAAAUUUACACCUGCACAAACACGGCUGUGUAUUUCUCUCCACCCUUUACCCCUAUAUUAUUACUGCAUGUCUGAUGUAUCUGCAGCAUUACAGGCAUCCAUUGGGCAAUGUCUUACUCAUUCAGUAUUUUGUAAAUCCAACUUUGUUCAGACUGCCACUAAGGCCAACCUUUGGACUGCAUGUUGCCUGUUAUUAUUCUUGCAGUGACCUCAUCUGAUUUGCAAUGUGUAAAGUCCACUCUCAGGAACUAUACAAAGAACAGGCUCCAAGUAGGUAGAAAAACAUUUCAGUCUUGCCUUUCUUUCCUGCACUGGCCUGGGUUAACUUGCCUGUAAGAUGAAAGGAUUUGUCAGGAUUGUUGUGCUGUGCUUGGCUUUAAGCUUUGGUAUUUGCACUGAAGAUACGACCCAAAAUAACACUGCCAGUCAGGUACCAGAAGAAGACUCAGCAAACUGGGGCAUUGGUACGAUUAGAGGUGGAUUUGAGGCAGUGAAUGGCUAUUUCGACUCCUUUCUGGAACUACUGGGAGGAAGGAAUGGUGUGUGCCAGUACAAAUGUCGAUAUGGUAAAGCCCCACUGCCCAGGCCAGACUACAAGGCUCCUGAACCCAAUGGCUGCAGUUCUUAUUUUCUUGGUCUCAAGGUACCAGAGAGUAUGGAUUUAGGUAUCCCAGCAAUGACAAAAUGCUGUAACCAACUGGAUCUCUGCUAUGAUACUUGUGGAGCAAACAAGUACCGCUGUGAUGCAAAGUUUCGCUGGUGCCUGCACGCUAUAUGCUCUGACCUCAAAAAGAGUCUGGGAUUCGUCUCCAAGGUCGAAGCAUGUGAGUCUGUCGCAGAUACAGUUUUUAACACUGUUUGGACUCUGGGAUGUAAACCCUUCAUGAAUAGUCAGAGGGCGUCCUGCAUCUGUAAUGAAGAAGAACGAGAUGAGCUCUAAGAUCCAGUGAACUCUGGACUUGUAUUACUACACAGUUUAUCGGCUGAUCUGUACAGAAUAUUGCAGUUCUAUCCACUUUAUUUCCUGCAUGAACUCUUCAGAGCAAUGCAGUCAUAUAAAGCUCUGCCUCUUUCAAUUCGUUUAUUGACUGAACAUGGCGGGACUGCACGUGGCGACACCUUUAGACUCUGAAGACCAUUGCAGUACUGCAGAGUUUUAAAGUAGUCAUUUAUUAGUUCCAUUUUGUGAACCUUUACUUCUGGAUGGAAGACUGUUUAUUUUUCUUUAAGGCACAACUCAAGAUGGAAGUAAUACAAAGACUGGGGUUAACUGUUGGGAGAGAGGGAGGGAGGGACAAUACACGUAAGAUAGCCAGUAUAGCUUGAAAUAGGGAAUUUAUCAAAUAGAAAUGUACAACAUCCAUAAAUUCACAGUGUAUUUUUCACCUCUUACUGUUCAUAGUAGGACACGUACAGAAUACUGACCUCCUUUUUAGGUUAUAACGUAUCUUGCAGUCAGAGAAGGUGCCCCUACAUUACUUGUAGUUUUUUGGAAUCUUUAUUCUUAUAAAUACAUUUUGUGAGAAAA